AUGCUGGGAAACUCACCCUUUUUUCUUUUAUCUGCUAGUACCCAUUUCUGGGGCCCCGUUGUUAAUUGGGGUAUUCCUAUUGCUGCCAUUGCAGAUACCCAGAAGGAUCCCAGUUUGAUUUCAGGAAACAUGACUUUGGCUUUAUGUAUCUAUUCCGGUCUCUUUAUGCGUUUUGCUUUGGCCGUUAAGCCUGUCAACUACCUAUUGUUUGCUUGUCAUGCUACAAAUGAAGCUGCUCAAAUAACACAAGGUUAUCGUUUCCUUCAGUACAACAAAUUUGGUGGUAAGGAGAAGGUAGAGGCCGAGAAGGUGGUCAAGCAACAAGAAUAA